AUGGGAUCUGCAUUGGGAAUUGGAAUACGAAUGAGGAAAUCGCUAGCUUCUCUAACCAGGACAUGUUACAGAUUUGUUUCUUGUCAUCCAUGCCUUAGUACCACUGUUAUUGCCCGAAGAGAUGACUAUACAAGUAUUGCAGAGGAGAGAAGCAUUGAAGAAACAAGUUGGGUGAAAGAUAAGGUAAACGGGGCUGAUCAAAAUGAUGGUUUACUUUCUUUAAAUGUGCCAGCGUUUGACAAAAGCUCUCUGACUAUCCAACAUGAGAAACAAGUAAAGAAGGAAAUGGAGAGGGAAGUUCACGAGGAGAAAUUGAAGGCUAAAGGUGUUCCAAGAAAUGCGGAAGCUGUUAAUGAGGAGGGGUCAUCGGAGCUAGGGUCUGAUGAUAUUGAGAGCUCCUCCCCAGAUGCUUCCAUGGCUGACAUAAUUCCAGUGCUUGAUGAGCUCCACCCGCUACUAGACAUGGAAGGCCCACAAACUGCUCAUUCGUCCCGUGGCGGUUCUGCCAUUGAAUAUGAAAAGUCGCUGAAAAGCGAUGAAGGCAGUGUUGAAUCAGAUGAAGGCACUGAAAUCGCGGAUUACGAGGAAGAAGAAGCAGAAGAAAGUGGCAUAGAGGAUGAAAGUAAAUCAGCAAUCAGGUGGACGGAGGAUGACCAAAAGAAUCUCAUGGAUUUGGGUUCUUUAGAGCUGGAAAGAAACCAGCGUUUGGAGAAUAUCAUAGCAAGGAGAAGAGCUUGGAGGCAGAUGACUGAGAAGAAUCUAAUAGACUUGGAAACUAUUGAAGUUCCCUCCAAUGUUCCCCCCAUUGUAACCAGACGCAAUCCAUUUGAUCUCCCUGAUGAUUCUUAUGACGAUACAGGGCUACCCCCGAUUCCUGGAUCAGCUCCAUCUAUUUUACAUCCUAGAAGGAAUCCUUUUGAUAUUCCUUUUGAUCCCAAUGAAGAAAAACCUGUCCCCAGGGGAGACAGUCCUAAAGAAGAGUUCCCUGUGUUUAAUCAGAAAGAUACAUUUUUCCGCAGGCACGAAAGCUUCAGUUUGGGACCAUCUGUCCUGGGGAUGACUAAGCAUGAGAGACAAGAUAUUUAUUGGAAACCCGUCUUUGUGUCGGAGCAAAUGGCUUCAGAGGGAACAAGCUAUUCCACAUUCCAGAGGCAACUAAGUGAAGUAAGUGAUUCAAAAUUGAGUUUUGUUCCCGAAACUGAAUCAGUGACUUCAACUGACCAAGAAGAAAGGAUGUCUAAUGAACAAGAUUUGACUCAAGAAGCAGAAUCAUUAUGCACCAUAGAUCAUGUUUCUGGUCGUUUUGAAUGUGGAAGCCAAUCCUCCAGCGAGGUUGAUUCCAUGGCGAUAAUACCAGCAAAGCAGAGAAAUGUUCAACUUGAAGAAGUUGAAAUAGCGUUGGGUGGGGUGGAAAAUAAUUCUGAGGCCGAACUCUGUUCAGAUACAGGAGAGGCUGCAACUCACGGCGAAUACAAUAUAGGUGAAACACAUUUGAGAAGAGUAGUUGAUGAGGAGAGCAGCAGCAAAUCAAGCCAGUCUUCUAUAUCAGAAGUGAUUGACGACGUACCCGAUGUUAUACAGGAAAAAUCAGCUAGUGUGCAGCUAGAAGAAAAAAACCACCUUCAGGAGUCUAGAAUUAUGACACAGGCUUCAGUGGAGGACUCGGAUUUGCAGUAUGAAAGUAGUGAAGUUGAAGAACAUCAACACAAGGAACCUGUUUAUGACUCAAGCCCACCAGUUGCUAGAAAGCUUCAGUCUUUUUAUUCUAUAUAUUUUGAUUCAGCUACAGAUUUUUUCGAAAGAACUGCUCCAGCUUCAGCAGAAACGGCUGAAAAUGUGACCGAUGAAAAAUCUGAACUGCAUGAUCAGAGAGAAAAUAAUAAAACUUGUGGUCAUGCAGGAGAUCACUCAGCCUCUUCACAGCCACAUAUGGAGCAGGGUGAUGCGGAACUUCACCAAGAUUUGGAUAAGAAGGCUGGUACUAUAACUUCCAAUUGUCAAUAUGUGCGAUCUGAAGAAAAACCUCCCUCUGGCCUGGAGAAAAACCUGUCAAGCUCAGAUAAAUCAGUCGCUACAGCAUCGAUUAAGGAUCAUAAUGAAAAACGGGAUGCAAGCACUUCCAACAGUGGAGCUGGAGAAUUUUAUGAUGCCAUGAACAAAUUUGAUCGAAGUAUCUCAUCUUUGAGUAAUGAUUCAUCCGAGACUCGGACUCCUGAAUUUAAAUCCCCUGCUAGUGGAUCACCAAAAGAUAAAAAGAGGGCAGAGGUUGAGCAGGGCUUUCCGGAUCUUGAAGUAAGAUCAACUGAAGAUAUUAGCUUGGCUUUUAAACAUAUGGAAGAAGAAGCAGAUGCUGAGGAGGUCAUCCUUCCAUCUAUGAUUGAAGAUCAGCUUGCUAGAGAAAAGUCUGAAGGUAACUCAGAAGCUAAUUCUUACUUGAAAGUUAUCGAAGCAAGAUCUUUGGAUGAUAUUAAUGUUGCUUUUGAGUGAACCGCGAAAGGUAAUAAAGAAAAGCUUCCAAUAUCAUCGGAAUUGAAGGAUAGAAUAGUGAAAGAAGCAAAUGAAGAGGGAGAAUUUUUGCAUGUAGAACCAAAUAAUCAUGAAAUUAAUGUAAUCCCCAUGAACAAAUCAGAAAAAAUACGCAGUAGCACCUCCAAUAAUGAGGCAACAACUCGAAGUAAGCGAUAGAGUUCUAGUUCCAGCUCUUGCUCAAGUGACUCUGAUUGACACAGGUUUCACUUUGAGCAACAUUGUUCCGCAAUUCAAACAGU